AUGGCCGCCGCGGCCGCCCCCCGCAGCCUCCUGCUGCUCCUCCAGGUGCUCGGGCUCGCCCUGGCGCAGAUGAGAGGUCCGCCCGGAGAACCGGGGCCCCCGGGCCCCCCAGGGCCGCCGGGAGUGCCUGGAUCUGACGGCAUCGACGGUGACAAGGGGCCCCCGGGGAAAGCUGGCCCUCCGGGACCUAAGGGAGAGCCUGGCAAAGCAGGGCCAGAUGGGCCCGACGGGAAGCCUGGGAUUGAUGGUCUAACUGGAGCCAAGGGGGAGCCUGGCCCCAUGGGGAUCCCUGGAGUCAAGGGCCAGCCUGGUCUCCCAGGUCCCCCUGGUCUGCCAGGCCCUGGCUUUGCUGGACCUCCUGGGCCACCCGGACCUGUUGGCCUCCCAGGCGAGAUUGGAGUCACAGGCCCCAAGGGGGAUCCUGGACCAGAGGGGCCAUCGGGGCCCCCAGGGCCACCCGGCAAACCGGGCCGACCUGGAACCAUCCAGGGCCUGGAAGGCAGCGCGGAAUUCUUGUGUCCAACCAACUGUCCAGCGGGGGUGAAAGGCCCCCCAGGGCUGCAGGGAGUGAAGGGGCAUCCUGGCAAACGUGGGGUUCUGGGAGAUCCUGGCCGCCAGGGGAAGCCGGGUCCCAAAGGAGAUGUGGGUGCCUCUGGAGAGCAAGGCAUCCCUGGACCACCGGGUCCCCAGGGCAUCAGGGGCUACCCGGGCAUGGAGGGACCCAAAGGAGAGACGGGUCCUCGUGGGUACAAAGGCAUGGUGGGCUCCAUUGGUGCCUCUGGGUCACCAGGUGAGGAAGGUCCACGGGGGCCACCAGGCCGAGCAGGGGAGAAGGGCGAUGUGGGCAGCCAAGGUGUUCAAGGACCCCAGGGAAUAACAGGCCCAAAGGGAGCAACCGGCCCUCCAGGCAUCGACGGCAAGGACGGGACCCCAGGCACACCUGGCAUGAAGGGCAGUGCAGGACAGGCGGGGCGGCCAGGAAACCAAGGCCACCAGGGCCUAGCGGGUGUGCCAGGCCAGCCCGGGACAAAAGGAGGUCCAGGAGACAAGGGUGAACCAGGCCAGCAGGGCCUCCCUGGAUUCUCUGGUUCUCCUGGGAAGGAGGGAGAGCCAGGACCUCAAGGAGAAAUUGGACCCCGAGGCGUCAUAGGGCAGAAGGGUGACCAGGGUGAGAGAGGGCCUGUGGGGCAGCCAGGCCCUCAAGGACGGCAGGGACCCAAAGGGGAGCAAGGCCCUCCCGGAAUUCCAGGGCCCCAAGGCUUGCCAGGCAUCAAGGGAGACAAGGGCUCCCCAGGGAAGACCGGACCCCGCGGCAGCGUGGGCGCCCCGGGGGUGGCCGGCCUCCGGGGAGAGAAAGGCGAGAAGGGAGAGUCUGGCGAGCCGGGGCCCAAGGGACAGCAAGGAGUCCGCGGAGAACCCGGCUACCCGGGCCCCAGCGGGGAUGCGGGCGCCCCCGGGGUGCAGGGCUACCCGGGCCCCCCCGGCCCUAGAGGACUGGUUGGAGACCGAGGCCUGCCCGGACUGCCCGGGAGACAGGGAGUGGCGGGUCGAGAUGCCAGCGACCAGCACAUAGUGACCGUGAUGAUGAAGAUGAUGCAAGAGCAACUGGCAGAGGUCGCUGUGAGUGCCAGGCGGGAGGCCCUGGGUGCAGUCGGGAUGGUGGGUCCUCCAGGACCCCCUGGGCCUCCUGGGUAUCCAGGCAAGCAGGGACCCCAUGGGCACCCUGGCCCUCGGGGUGUCCCUGGCAUCGUGGGAGCCGUGGGUCAGAUUGGCAACACAGGGCCCAAGGGAAAACGCGGAGAGAAGGGUGACCAGGGAGAGAUGGGACGCGGGCACCCUGGGAUGCCAGGGCCCCCGGGGAUCCCAGGACUCCCUGGCCGGCCCGGCCAGGCAAUCAACGGCAAGGAUGGAGCUCGAGGGUCCCCAGGGGCCGCAGGAGAAGUAGGCCGGCCAGGCCUGCCAGGCCCCGUGGGGCUGCCAGGCUUCUGUGAGCCUGCAGCCUGCCUUGGAGCCUCAGCCUAUGCCUCCGCACGCCUCACGGAGCCUGGAUCCAUCAAAGGGCCAUGAGCGCGAGGCCAGGAUAGAGCCUGGCGGGCAUCCUGGGGGGAAAGGACUGGGUUUCCUCUGGGUGGACAUGCAUCCCAGCCCUCAGACCAGGAAGCCAGCCUCCCCAGGACCUUCCAUCUUGGACCCUGGAGUUCUGAGAAAAAGGAAAUUCUAAAAUAUGGGGGAAGGAGAGGGCGGGCAUUGGAAUGAGAAGGUGAGGCCAACAGACAGGGCAAAUGUCACUGGAGAGUCCCAGUUCCAAAGAGAUGGGUGGCUUUCCUUCCCAGAGCCCAACUCAGAAGUUACCAAAACAAAUGUCUCCUUAAUCUUGCCAUCCUCCAGUGGCCAUCCUCUUUGGGGUGGGUGUACUGAGGUCUCUGAUGGUCCCUGAUCCCACCUCCUUCCCCUGGACUUGCUGGGUGACUGCUGGUGGGUGACUACCCUGAGGUUGCUGUCCUGAAGCCAGCCCCACUAC